CUCGCGAAAGCGAGGCGAGGCGGAGGAAUCCCACAAUACCAGGCGGGUUGGGGAAGCUUGUGGCGCUCCCGCUGUCUCUUUAAUGCAAGAGGAAGCGAUGAGGAGGGGUGGAAAAUGGCAGAGCUGCAGAUGUUACUAGAGGAGGAAAUCCCUUCUGGCAAGCGGGCUUUGCUCGAGAGCUACCAGAACCUCACCAGGGUCGCCGACUACUGCGAGAACAACUACAUCCAGGCUCCAGACAAAAGGAAAGCAUUAGAAGAGACCAAAGCAUACACCACUCAAUCUUUAGCCAGUGUUGCUUAUCAGAUCAAUGCACUGGCAAACAAUGUGCUCCAACUACUGGACAUCCAAGCGUCACAGCUCCGGAGAAUGGAGUCCUCAAUCAAUCACAUUUCCCAGACGGUGGACAUACACAAAGAGAAAGUGGCACGUAGAGAGAUCGGCAUUUUGACAACCAACAAGAACACAUCCAGAACUCAUAAAAUCAUUGCACCAGCAAACAUGGAGCGUCCUGUAAGGUAUAUUCGAAAGCCUAUAGACUACACAGUGUUGGAUGAUGUGGGCCAUGGUGUAAAGUGGCUAAAAGCCAAGCAUGGAAACAGUCAGCCUGCAAGAACUGGCACUUUGUCAAGAACAAAUCCACCUACACAGAAACCACCAAGUCCUCCUAUGUCGGGCCGGGGAACUCUGGGGCGGAACACUCCUUACAAGACGUUGGAGCCAGUUAAGCCGCCAACAGUCCCUAACGAUUACAUGACCAGUCCUGCAAGACUCGGGAGCCAGCACAGUCCAGGAAGAACAGCAUCCUUGAACCAGAGGCCUAGAACACACAGCGGCAGUAGCGGAGGAAGCGGCAGUCGAGAAAACAGUGGAAGCAGCAGUAUUGGCAUUCCCAUUGCCGUGCCUACACCUUCACCACCAACCAUUGGGCAAGCACAAAUAUUUGUUCCUCCUCCUCCUGAAGCACCACCAGCACCACCAAUGCCCCCGCCUCUCGUGACUGGCAGUAUGAUAGCUGCUCCUGGGUCAGCCCCUGGUUCCCAGUAUGGCACAAUGACCAGGCAGAUUUCCCGACACAACUCUACUACUUCUUCGACCUCUUCUGGUGGAUUUAGGCGGAAUCCUUCUGUGACGGCUCCAUUUUCUGCUCAACCUCAUGUUAACGGCGGGCCUCUCUAUUCCCAAAAUUCAAUUUCUAUUGCUCCGCCCCCUCCCCCUAUGCCUCAGUUGACUCCACAGAUACCUCUCACAGGCUUCGUGGCCAGGGUUCAGGAAAACAUUGCUGAUAGUCCGACUCCGCCUCCGCCUCCUCCGCCAGACGAGAUGCCGAUGUUUGAUGACUCGCCGCCCCCGCCGCCUCCACCACCCGUGGAUUAUGAAGACGAGGAGGCUGCAGUCGUGCAGUAUAAUGAUCCGUAUGCCGAUGGCGAUCCUGCUUGGGCACCUAAGAACUAUAUUGAGAAAGUUGUUGCCAUAUAUGAUUACACAAAGGACAAGGAUGAUGAGCUGUCAUUCAUGGAGGGUGCAAUCAUUUAUGUUAUAAAGAAGAAUGACGACGGCUGGUAUGAAGGUGUGUGCAACCGAGUGACCGGCCUGUUUCCCGGAAACUAUGUCGAAUCAAUCAUGCACUAUGCGGAUUAAAAGUACUUUCUUCAGGUCAGGUCUUGUAUUCAAUCAUGCCAUAAUUAUUUACAAAGGGUAACUAAAAGGUUAACAGUUGUCUUAAUGCUCUCUUUUAAAAAAAAGAUGUGCCCAUCCUUUCAGGCCAUACUGUUUAAAUGGUAUGAUUGAAUGUUCAUCUGUAAGCAUUUGUCUCUGCAGAGUUUGUAAAACAAGCAACUGUUUUAUUACUGAUUAUGCUUAUUUACUUACGCAUUGUUGAUUUUUAUGACCAGCCUAAAUAUUCUGGGGAAGUAGGGUAUAUAAUAUUUAAUGACUCAUGAUUCAAAAUGUGCCAUUUCUCUUUUUUUCCUUCAGUGCAGCAUGGUAAACUAACAACAAUGUUAGACUAACAUUAAAAAUCUGGUCAAAAAGUUUGAUAGUGCUGGUCAUCUACCUUUGUUUAGACUCUUGCUCAUCCUCAAACUAUAGUAUUUGUUUAAAAGCAUGCAUACAAACUUAUGUAUUGAAUUAUCCUUUUUUUUUUCAAAAAUCCAAGAUGCUUCCAAUUUGUUGUAAUCUUUUACCUGGAGUACUUUUACUAAAAGUUUAUUCCAGAGAGUCAUUUGAGUCUCUAAGGUGUCCAUGUGAAUCAAAGAUGGGUGGUCUUAUGAUGUAUGUGUAAUUUGUACCUGAGUUUUUUUUAAAUGAGUAAAUUUGCAUUGACUUUUCCAUUCAUAAAUACAUAAGUGAACCAAAGGUCUUGUCCAUUACUUUGUUGGCUUACCUUGGCAAAGCAAUAUUAGUGUGUUGACCUUCCCCUAUCAGCUGGGUCACUAGCUUUUAACGCAAGUCAGGGACUUGACAUCCCAUGACCAGGAUACCCAAAUCCAUGCAAGCUCACCAUGACUAUAAUUACACACACAACUAUUUGACUGCAUUUAACAUUACAGGAAGUGGCUCAACAUUGGCUGGUCACCAUUUUAAACCGUGGAAGAGCAGAAGCGGUAGAGGGGUAAACAAGCUUAUAGGAUGGGCACAUUUUGUAGAGAGGAGCCGUUCUAGCCGGGGGGAAUUGCACUUGAAUCCUUUAACAUGCUCUGGGGAUCUCUGUUGCCCAUGAGGAGAGCCUCCUUCCCCUUGCCUUAAGGUGUGAUUAGAGCUGAACAAGCAAGAGAUCUCAGGCUGAUGCCUCUUUCUCCACCCCCUGCCUCUACCAUCUUACUGCCUCCUAAGCAGUGUGCAUGUGGUGUUGGGAGGAACACCAGAACGGCACCCCCAGGAGUUUUGGAUCCUUCCAGUCCCUGCAAGUAGGCUCUUGCUUUGAUAGCUGUUCAUCCACAGGGACCUAUGAUAACACUCAGUGGCCUUGGUCAUGAAGUGGGUUGGUGCACUUUCAGGAGACAAACCUUUAAGCUAAGGUACACAUUCAACAGCUUCCAGAAUGUGAAAGAACAAACCUAAAAUGACUAUUUUAA